AUGAUGCUAAGGAUCAAGAGAGUUCCCACUGUUGUUUCCAAUUUCCAAAAGGAAGAGGUGGAGGAAGACUCUCGCCAUGCCAGCGGCUGCGGCCGCAAUUGCUUCAGAAGCUGCUGUCUUCCAGGGGCAAAGCUGCCUAUGUAUGCUUUCAAGAAGAUGAACAAGAUUGAAGUUGAAAAGAAAUCAGCCGGCUCUGAAAACAAAGAGCCUCCGGUUCGCUUCCUGGGCUCCCUUCUUCUUGGGGAGUGGGAGGAUCGGAUGCAGAGAGGCCUCUUUCGCUAUGACGUCACCGCUUGCGAAACCAAGGUGAUUCCGGGUCAAUGUGGCUUUAUUGCACAACUGAAUGAAGGCAGGCACCUCAAGAAGAGGCCAACUGAGUUUCGAGUUGAUAAGGUCUUGCAGCCCUUUGAUGAAAAUAAAUUCAACUUCACUAAGGUUGGGCAAGAGGAAGUCCUCUUUCAAUUUGAACCAAGCAUGGAUAAUGAAGCCCAGUUCUUUCCAAAUUCACCUAUUCAUAUCGAGAAUUCCCCUAGUGUUGUCGCCAUCAAUGUUAGUCCUAUUGAAUAUGGACACGUCCUUCUAAUCCCUCGGAUUCUUGAACGUUUGCCUCAAAGGAUUGACCAGGACAGCUUCUUGCUUGCGCUCUACAUGGCUGCAGAAGCCAAAAACCCAUACUUCCGCUUGGGUUACAAUAGCUUGGGUGCAUUUGCAACCAUCAACCACCUUCAUUUCCAGGCCUAUUACUUAGCUGUGCCAUUCCCCAUUGAAAGGGCUCCCACUAGGAAGAUAACAACUACAAGUAGGGGUGUGAAAAUCUGUGAUAUUCUUAAUUAUCCAGUCAGGGGACUUGUUUUUGAGGGUGGAAAUACUCUGGAUGAUUUAUCGAAUGUCGUCUCUGACUCCUGCAUUUGCUUGCAAGACAACAACAUUCCGUAUAAUGUUCUUAUUGCUGAUUCUGGAAGACGAAUUUUCCUCAUCCCACAGUGCUAUGCCGAGAAACAGGCUCUUGGGGAAGUGAGCUCUGAGUUCUUAGACACUCAAGUUAAUCCUGCAGUUUGGGAAAUUAGUGGACAUAUGGUACUCAAAAGGAAGGAGGACUAUGAGGAGGCUUCCGAGGAAAAUGCUUGGAGGCUCCUAGCUGAGGUUUCUCUGUCUGAAGAGAGACUCCGCGAAGUGAAGGAGCUACUCUUUGAAGCCAUUUCUUGCAGUAUGGAGGAGGACAACAGUGUUACCCAAAACAUCCUCAAGGAUUCGGAUGUUGGCCCUCAAUCUCUUGAAGACGUGGAUUCCCUUAAAGGCUCCCAUCCUGCUAUAAUGGGUCUUGUUUUUGAGGGUGGAAAUACUCUGGAUGAAUUAUCGAAUGUCGUCUCUGACUCCUGCAUUUGCUUGCAAGACAACAACAUUCCGUAUAAUGUUCUUAUUGCUGAUUCUGGAAGACGAAUUUUCCUCAUCCCACAGUGCUAUGCCGAGAAACAGGCUCUUGGGGAAGUGAGCUCUGAGUUCUUAGACACUCAAGUUAAUCCAGCAGUUUGGGAAAUUAGUGGACAUAUGGUACUCAAAAGGAAGGAGGACUAUGAGGAGGCGUCCGAGGAAAAUGCUUGGAGGCUCCUAGCUGAGGUUUCUCUGUCUGAAGAGAGACUCCGCGAAGUGAAGGAGCUACUCUUUGAAGCCGUUUCUUGCAGUAUGGAGGAGGACAACAGUGUUACCCAAAACAUCCUCAAGGAUUCAGAUGUCGGCCCUCAAUCUCUUGAAGACGUGGAUUCCCUUAAAGGCUCCCAUCCUGCUAUAAUGUCUGUUUAG